AUGACUGAAAACAUGAGUAUAUCUGUGAACGGGCAAUCUCAAGUCCCUCCAGGUUUCAGAUUUCAUCCAACAGAAGAGGAGCUCUUGCAGUACUACUUGAGGAAGAAGGUAUCCGGUCAGAGGAUUGAUCUCGAUGUCAUCCGCGAGGUCGAUCUCAAUAAACUUGAACCAUGGGACGUCCAAGAAAAGUGCAACAUAGGAACCACACCACAAAAUGAUUGGUAUUUCUUCAGCCACAAGGACAAGAAGUAUCCUACCGGAACACGCACAAAUCGUGCAACAGCUGCAGGGUUCUGGAAGGCCACUGGCCGUGAUAAGGUGAUACGCAGCAACUGCAAGCGGAUCGGUAUGAGGAAAACUCUUGUGUUCUACAAAGGAAGAGCCCCCCGUGGCCAAAAAUCUGAUUGGAUCAUGCACGAGUAUAGACUCGACGACAACACUAGCAGAAUCACUGAUGUCUCCGUUGUCGUUGGGGAGGCAUCUCAAGAGGAGGGAUGGGUGGUUUGCAGAAUCUUCAAGAAGAAAAAUCUUCACAAAACCAUAGACAGCCCAAUUUUGAUUGCACCAACUUCAUCUAUCACAACAGAUAAUAUUACAAGUAUCUUUGUUAGUUCAUGUGAUUAUAAUGAUGAGGAAACUUUGAAGCAUAUACUUGAUUGCAUGGGAUCAAGGACCUGCAAGGAAAAAACUAAUGAAGCAAACAACUCAUUAAUCAUGAACCACAUUCAUGGGUUUCAUGACGAUGAUGAUAGGUUCUUGAAUCUUCCUAGCCUAGAGAGCCCAAACUCGUCUGCAGAGAAUGAUGACCCGGUGGGUCAUCAAAGCGUGGACUUGGUUGGCCUCACCAACUGGGCAGCGCUUGAUCGUUUCGUGGCUGCACAACUCGAUGGCCGAGAAACGAUGACCUACCCGGAAUCAGGGAACUGCUUCAGUACUGAUCACCAUGAUUAUCAUGAUCAUGAGCUCCAAUUACCAACUACUCUGAGAUCAUCGAAUUCAUCCAGCAACGUGAUCGAGCUGUGGCCUACUUUUGCUCCACAUAGAUGA